CUUCACCAUAAGAAAUUUCUCCCCAAACUUAAACCACCCCUCUAGGAAAAAAAAAAGAAGAAAAAUCAGAUCUUUCUCAUUUGAUUAUACUUACAAGUGUUUUUAGAUCGAAUUUUCUGAAAUUAAGAUUGAUUCCUCCCAUCCCAAGGAAGAAGCUUCUCUUUCCUAAGCUUUCUACCACCACUGAUCUGUUUCCUCCUCCUCCAUAAAAGACUUCACCUUUCGUUUUCAUCUCUGAAUCUUCUUUAACUUUAUCGAAGCUUUGUACAAAAACACAAAAACAAGCUUGAAUCUUUCGUGAUCACAAAGAUUCGGAAAGGGAUCUUUUUGGUUCUGUCUGGGCCAUACUCAUUUUGUCGGAAUCUCUCUCAAACCAAAUCUUAUGUCCAAAUGGAGGAGAGAGAAGGAACCAGUUUCACCUUGAACCAACAACAACAUGAAGCUGCUGCUUCUGCUGCUUACCCUAUGGACCCACCACGACCCGACAACCCGUUUUCAGCCCCACCCAUCACUCCUUCUUCUGCUUCCGUCGCCGCCGUGGCUGUGGAGAAUGCGGCUCCUCAGUUCAGCUUGACAAUGCCGGCUGAGACCGGCUCCUCCGAGCAGCAGAAGAAGAAGAGAGGAAGGCCGAGAAAGUAUAACCCCGACGGGACUCUCGCUGUGACUCUCUCGCCGAUGCCUAUCUCCUCCUCCGUUCCUUUGUCCUCUCCUAGGAAGCGAGGAAGAGGACGUGGCAGGUCUAGUCGUUGGCUCAAGAAGUCUCACAUGUUCCAGUUCGACAGAACUCCUGUUGUUACCAAUUUUGCAGGUGCAGCAGGAGGAGCUGCUGCUGCUGCUUCAGAUUUUGUCGGUGCGAACUUUACACCUUAUGUGCUCACAGUAAACGCUGGAGAGGAUGUGACGAUGAAGAUAAUGACAUUCUCUCAGCAAGGAUCUCGUGCUAUCUGCAUCCUUUCAGCUAACGGUCCCAUCUCUAAUGUUACGCUGCGUCAGUCUACUACAUCUGGUGGUACUCUUACCUAUGAGGGACGUUUCGAGAUUCUCUCUUUAACGGGUUCGUUUAUGCAAAACGACACUGGAGGGACUCGAAGCAGAGCUGGUGGUAUGAGCGUUUGUCUCGCGGGACCAGACGGGCGUGUCUUCGGUGGAGGACUCGCUGGUCUCUUUCUUGCUGCUGGUCCUGUCCAGGUGAUGGUGGGGACGUUUAUAGCGGGACAGGAGCAGUCGCAGCUGCAGCUAGCGAAAGAGAGACGGCAAAGAUUCGGGUCUCAACCAUCUUCCAUCUCCUUUAACAUCACUGCAGAAGAACGGAAGGCGAGAUUCGAGAGGCUCAACAACUCUGUUGCCAUCCAUGCACCAACUCCUUCGUAUCAUCAGCAUGAAAACACAGGGAGCGGCGCGGUUCACAGUUACUACACAAACUCUGUUAACCACGUCAAGGCAGAUCCUUUCUCUUCCAUGCCAGGAGGAGGAGGAGGAGAAGAGGAUGGAGAAGGUGAAGAAGAAGAUGACAAUGAGUUAGAUGGUGAUGAGGAUGGAGAGUUUGGAGGUGAUAGCCAAUCUGACAACGAGAUUCCGAGCUGAUGAUGAAGUUUCUUUUCAGAGAUUUGUUUAGGGGUUGAUGAGUUUUUUCACUUUUCAAGUUUUUAUGUUGAUUUAUUUUUGGUUAACAGAGAAUGUUUAGAAGCUGCUAUCAUUAUAGGCUCUCUAUCCUCUCCUGCUUGUUGUAGUAUCCAUGUUAGAAAAACAAACUUAUGAUUUGCAAAAACUCUCUCCUUCAAGAAAGUUGUUUUUUUUUUAAUUAUAACGUUUCAGAUAAUAUGUGUU